CUCGACCCUGAAGAAGCCGGCUAGCAUUCGACUCGCCCAACCUAUUUUCCCCGUUUCUAUACCCUGAUUGAGUGACUUCGCGCGUAAAUCCACAACCAUGAAGCUCGUCCGGUUUCUGAUGAAGUGCGCCAACGAGACGGUGACGAUUGAGCUGAAGAAUGGCACCAUCCUCCACGGCACCAUCACCUCCGUCUCCCCCCAGAUGAACACCUCCCUCCGCACGGUCAAAAUGACCCCCAAAGGCCGCGACCCCAUCUCCCUCGACACCAUCAACAUCCGUGGCUCCACGAUUCGCUACUACAUCCUGCCCGAUAGUCUGCCCCUCGAUACGCUGCUGAUCGACGACACGCCCAAGCCGAAGAACAAGGCGCGCAAGGAAGCGGACCGCGGAGGCCGUGGUGGUCGUGGUGGUCCUCGUGGUAGAGGGCGCGGUCGUGGCCGUGGUCGUGGUCGUGGAUUCUAAGCUGGACGUGAUUGGUAUUAGACAUUGCGAUUUUUUCCAUCUUUUACAUUUUUAUCACUCGAGGAUCGGAGAUUUUUUCUGUUUCUUUUGUUUUUUAUUUUAUCUAUCCUAUGGCUGGAUGAUUGAUUUUGCUUUGAAUGGGUGGGUCCAAUUCGACACUGGUAUAGUCGGUCUGGUCUGGUGGAAUAAGCUGGACCAGGCUUGGCUGCGCGGAAAAUUGGGAGAGAAAAAGCGGCGGUGAUUUACGAAAUCUGGGUUAGGUUGCGCGGUGGAUUGUCGGGUCUGGUUUAUAGACUCCCGAGAUGAAACUGCAAGGCAGGUCUGGCGGUGGCGGUCGUAUAAUCGAUGAAUGACCGAAUCGAAUCGAAUCGAGAUCGAGAAGAGAAGAGAAAAAGUAGUUAGUCUACUUUAUAUCUAUCUAAUCAGUGGCCGCGACACAAACACACGAAGAAGAACAGAAAUAUACACACUUCAUACGAAGUAUUGUGCAGAAAUCAAUCAUACCCUCGUCUAUCAUCUCGUCAUCACUCAUUAGUCUAUCCAUAUCAUCCCUAUAACCCCCCCAAACCUAUACAAUAAUACCAAUAACCAUAGACUACUACUACUUUUUAUGAAGUAGAGAAAUCCCUCCAAACCCUCACAAUAACCAACUUCUCCCACCCCGCCUGUACCCCACUACUCCCAACCAACUCAGC